AUAUGCCCCAGUGACUGCUGGGAAACUGAGUCCGGAGGCUUCCCACCAGCCUUCACGGCACCGUGCUCGGUACUUGAAGUCCCGGCAAGCUCGGCGGCGUUUUAGCUCCGCCCCUCUCCUCCCUCUGCUCGGAGCCCCCCCAGCCCGCCCCGCCCCGCGCCGGGGCCGGAGCCGCAGCCCGAGCGGCGGGGUGACCAUGGAGGAAGAAGAUGAGUCUCGAGGGAAGACAGAAGAGUCGGGCGAGGAUCGGGGCGAUGGUCCUCCAGACAGAGACCCCACGCUUUCCCCGUCUGCCUUCAUCCUGCGGGCUAUUCAGCAGGCCAUGGGAAGUUCCCUGCAGGGAGAUCUGCCAAAUGAUAAAGAUGGCUCUCGGUGUCACGGCCUUCGAUGGAGGCGCUGCCGGAGCCCACGGUCAGAGCCCCGUUCCCAGGAAUCAGGGGGGACUGACACGGCUACUGUGUUGGACAUGGCCGCGGACAGCUUCCUCGCGGGGCUGGUGAGUGUCCUGGAUCCCCCGGAUACCUGGGUCCCCAGCCACCUGGACCUGCGGCCUGGCGAGAGCGAGGACAUGCUGGAGCUGGUGGCCGAGGUCCGAAUUGGGGACAGGGAUCCGAUGCCCCUGCCCGUGCCCAGCCUGCUACCCCGUCUCAGGGCCUGGAGGACGGGCAAAACGGUUUCUCCACAGUCUCACUCUUCUCGACCCCCCUGUGCCCGCCACCUCCUCACCUUGGGCACCGGAGACGGGGGCCCUGCCCCACCCCCUGCCCCCUCCUCUGCGUCCUCCUCGCCUUCCCCUUCCCCCUCAUCAUCCUCCCCUUCCCCUCCUCCCCCUCCACCACCUCCAGCACCCCCGGCCCCGCCUGCCCCCCGGUUUGACAUCUACGACCCCUUCCACCCCACCGACGAGGCCUAUUCCCCACCACCCGCUCCGGAGCAGAAGUACGACCCCUUCGAGCCCACUGGUUCCAACCCCAGUUCAUCAGCGGGGACCCCCUCCCCUGAGGAGGAAGAGGAGGAGGAGGAGGAGGAAGAGGAAGAGGAAGAAGAGGAAGAGGAGGAAGAAGGCCUGUCCCAGAGCAUCAGCCGCAUCUCGGAGACCCUGGCGGGCAUCUACGAUGACAACAGCCUGAGCCAGGACUUCCCAGGUGACGAGAGCCCCCGCCCGGAUCCCCAGCCCCCGCAGCCGACUCCAGCCCCUGGAACGCCACCCCAGGCGGACUCCACCCGGGCCGAAGGAGCCACCCGCCGGCGCGUCUUUGUGGUGGGGACCGAGGCGGAGGCCUGUCGGGAAGGCAAGGUCUCGGUGGAGGUGGUGACGGCCGGCGGGGCCACGCUUCCGCCCCCGCUGCUGCCGCCCGGCGACUCAGAGAUCGAAGAGGGCGAGAUCGUGCAGCCCGAGGAGGAGCCGCGCGUGGCGCUCUCCCUCUUCCGCACCCGGGCUGCCCGCCCUCCUCCAGCCGCCUCCGCGCCCCCCGCCGCCCAGCCCCCGCCCCCGCCGCCCGCGCCCCGUGCCCCCGAGGGCGACGACUUCUUGUCCCUGCACGCCGAGUCGGACGGCGAGGGCGCCCUGCAGGUGGACCUCGGGGAGCCGGCCCCGGCGCCGCCGGCGGCCGACACACGCUGGGGCGGCCUGGACCUGCGCCGCAAGAUCCUGACCCAGCGGCGGGAGCGCUACCGCCAGCGCUCGCUCCCGGCCGCCGCGCCCGCCGGGCCACCCACCCGCAAGAAGUCGAGGCGGGAGCGCAAGCGCAGCGGCGGGGAGCCCAAGGAGGCAGCUGCGGCCUCGGCCGGCGUGCAGCCCGCCCCGCCGGCGCCCGCCUCGCCCUGGGACUCCAAGAAGCACCGCUCCCGGGACCGCAAGCCCGGCUCCCACGCCUCGUCCGCCCGCCGCCGCUCGCGCUCCCGCUCCUCGCGCUCCGCCCGCCGCCCCUCCGCCCGCCGCCGCUCGCGUAGCCCCGAGCGCCGCCGCGGGGGCAGCCGCCGAUCGCGCUCCCGGGAGAAGCGGCGGCGGCGGCGGCGCUCAGCCUCCCCGCCCCCGGCAACGUCUUCGUCGUCGUCGUCGAGGCGCGAACGGCACCGCGGCAAGCACCGGGACGGCGGCGGCAGCAAGAAGAAGAAGAAGCGGUCGCGGUCCCGGGGCGAGAAGCGGUCCGGGGACAGCGACAAGGCCCCGGCGCCCGCGCAGCCGCCCUCGGGCUCCGCCUCCCUGGGCGCGGAGAGGGACAGCCGCCGCCGCGGGGCCGUGCCGCCCUCCAUCCAGGACCUCACGGACCACGAUCUCUUCGCCAUCAAGCGGACCAUCACGGUGGGCCGGCCGGACAAGUCCGACCCGCGAGGCCCCUCCCCGGCCCCGGCCUCGUCGCCCAAGCGCGAGGUCCUGUAUGACUCGGAGGGACUGAGCGCCGAGGAGCGGGGCGGCAAGAGCAGCGAGAAGGACCGGCGCCGCUCUGGGGCCGCCUCCUCCUCCUCCUCUUCCCGGGAGAAGGGAUCGCGGCGGAAGGCGCUGGAUGGAGGGGACCGGGACAGGGACAGGGACAGAGAUAGGGACAGGGACAGGUCAUCCAAGAAGGCCCGGCCCCCCAAGGAGUCGGCACCCUCCUCAGGGCCCCCGCCCAAGCCCCCGGUCAGCAGCGGCUCGGGCUCCUCGUCCUCGUCGUCGUCCUCGUCCUCGCGGAAGGUGAAGCUGCAGUCCAAGGUGGCGGUGCUGAUCCGCGAGGGCGUCAGCAGCACCACGCCAGCCAAGGAGGCCGCGUCCGCCGGCCUGGGCUCCAUCGGAGUCAAGUUCAGCCGCGACCGCGAGAGCCGCUCCCCCUUCCUCAAGCCGGAUGAGCGGGCCCCCGCCGAAGUGGCCAAAGCAGCUCCGGGCAGCACCAAGCCCAAAAAGACCAAGGUCAAGGCCAAGGCCGGGGCCAAGAAAGCCAAGGGGACCAAGGGAAAGACCAAGCCAUCCAAGACCAGGAAAAAGAUCCGCAGCGGGGGCGGCAGCGGGGGCAGCGGGGGCCCCGGGACACUGAAGAAGUCCAAGGCGGAUAGCUGCAGCCAGGCGGCCGGAGCCAAGGGGGCCGAGGAGACUUCCUGGUCCGGGGAGGAGCGGCCGGCCAAGGCCCCCAGCACCCCGCCCCCCAAGGUAGUCCCUCCGCCCCCUGCGCUCACGCCCGACUCCCAGACUGUGGACAGCAGCUGCAAGACACCCGAGGUCUCUUUCCUGCCCGAAGAGGCCACCGAGGAGGCUGGGGUCCGCGGUGGGGCAGAGGAGGAGGAGGAGGAGGAAGAGGAGGAGGAGGAGGAAGAGGAGGAGGAGGAGGAGCAGCAGCCUGCCACCACCACGGCCACCAGCACGGCCGCUGCUGCCCCCAGCACCGCCCCCAGUGCAGGGUCCACAGCCGGCGACUCAGGGGCGGAGGAUGGGCCAGCCCCCCGGGUCUCCCAGCUGCCCACGCUGCCCCCGCCCAUGCCCUGGAACCUGCCCGCUGGGGUGGACUGCACCACCAGCGGUGUUCUGGCCUUGACUGCACUUCUCUUCAAGAUGGAGGAGGCCAACCUGGCGAGCCGAGCAAAGGCCCAGGAGCUGAUCCAGGCCACCAACCAGAUCCUCAGCCACCGGAAGCCCCCCUCCAGUCUGGGGGUGACCCCAGCUCCUGUGCCCACCUCUCUGGGUCUGCCCCCUGGCCCCUCCAGCUACCUGCUCCCUGGCAGCCUCCCCCUGGCGGGCUGCGGCUCCACGCCUCCCACCCCCACUGGGCUGGCUGCAGCGUCCGACAAGAGAGAGGGCAGCAGCAGCUCCGAGGGACGUGGGGACACAGACAAGUAUCUGAAGAAGCUGCACACACAGGAGCGGGCGGUGGAGGAGGUGAAGCUGGCCAUCAAGCCGUACUAUCAGAAGAAGGACAUCACCAAGGAGGAGUACAAGGACAUCCUCAGGAAGGCUGUCCACAAGAUCUGCCACAGCAAAAGCGGGGAGAUCAACCCGGUGAAGGUGAGCAACCUGGUGCGGGCCUACGUCCAGCGCUACCGCUACUUCCGCAAGCACGGCCGCAAGCCGGGGGACCCCCCAGGGCCCCCCCGGCCGCCCAAGGAGCCGGGGCCCCCGGACAAGGGUGGCCCAGGCCUGCCCCUGCCCCCUCUCUGAGACCCCCCGCCACCCCUGUCCUCCUGCGCCGCCUCGGAAUUCUGGACGUAUUUAUGGCUCCGCGUCCCCACCGCCCUCCCCUGUCAGUGGGAUGAUGGGGGAGCGCUGCUGCGGGGAAGAGGAGAGCCCCCUGCCCCGCCCGCCCCUGCCCAGGUCCUCACCCUGGAGCCUGUCCCCAUCGCCCCUCCUCUCUGUUUGUGCCCCUCCCCAGUUUCAUUAAAGAUUUCAUGAAAUGUUA